UAAACACGCAGGGUCAUUGGUGAAGUCCUUCUUGACUCUACACCUGCCAAUAUCAUAUUCAAACACACAGCCACAGCGCUGAGGACAGGCCUUUAGCUUUUGAAUUUUGAGUGUUUCAUUUUCCCUCCACCAGCAGAAGAACCAUGGCAGCAACUCUCUGUCAGGUCAUGGGCUUCAUCCUGAGUCUGUUAGGGUUGGCGGGGAUAAUAGCAGCGACAGGGAUGGACCAGUGGGCGACCGAAGACCUCUACGACAACAUUGUGACGGCCGUCUUCUCAUACUCGGGCUUGUGGAAUUCCUGUGUCCGGCAGAGCUCCGGAUUCACAGAGUGCCGACCAUAUUUCACCAUUCUGGGAUUGCCAGCUCUGCUCCAGGCCGUGCGGGCCCUGAUGAUUGUUGGAAUCGUUCUUGGAGCCAUCGGCGUCGUCAUCGCCAUAUUUGCCCUGAAGUGCUUGAAAAUGGGGAACAUGGAGGACAGUAUCAAAGCCACAAUGACUCUGACGGCUGGGAUCAUGAUCAUUCUCGCAGGUGUGUGUGGCAUUGCUGGGGUGUCGGCCUUCGCUAACUUGAUCGUGCAAAGUUUCCGGUUCACGACAUAUGCCGAUGGCGGCUACAGCAUGUAUGGAGGGGGGGGUGUUGGUGGACUUACAGGAACUCUGACUCCAAGGUACACUUUUGGCCCUGCUCUUUUCGUGGGCUGGAUCGGCGGGGCUGUCCUGUUCAUCGGAGGCAUCAUGUUGUGUCUGGCCUGCCGUGGAAUGUCUUCAGAGGCAACCCAACGGUAUGAUGGGAUGGCCUACAAAGCGGCCUCUCACCACACGAUCUACAAGUCUGACACCAGACCCCGUCCAGCCUUCAACGACUCGUACAAGGCUCACAGCGUGGAUGGGAGGUCCAACCAGAGAUUUGACUACGUGUAAAAUCUUACCCUCUCAUAGAUAUACCUUUCCUUCACGUUCUGCUGCUCUGUCGUGCUGUUUCUGUUUAGAUUUCUCUUCUUUAAUCUGGCUUAACAUUUGAGAUGUGUUUUUUAUUAUGUUUUUUUCAACAGUGUCCUAAAAAUGUAAUUCUGGUUUGUGAUUUGUAUUUGCAUAUUUGUGUGUCUAAUAAUAAAAAUCUAAAUGUGA